AGAACAACACCUUGUGCGGAGAAUGUUCGGGGAACUCCUCAUUGAUCAUCAACACGGCUCUCUGAAUCAGACUACUGGAUUCCAUGGCUUCCAUGAUGUGAUUCUUCACCAUUUCUAGCCCUCGGAAAAAUCCCGAAAGUUCUGCUUCAAGACUCGUACAAGCUUCUAUUUCUUUAGGAUGGGACCCAUACUAAUACUCAAUCUGAAAUCCACUGGAUAAGGUUUUGGAGAGGGAGAGAAAGCAAUGGCCACUGUUUGAAGGGACCAAAAAGGAAAUGACUACUCUGUUAGACAUUUCAUCCUCUCUCCUCCCCACAAGAUCUCCAACAAUUCAUGCUCACAAUCACCAACCAAUCUCACACUUGCAUAUUCCCAUCCGAAAAGGAAUAAAAACCUCCAAAAAGCCCCUAUGUUUCAAGGUCCAGGCUGCUAAGCUUCCUUCUGGGGUAGAAUUGCCAAAAGUGGAGCCUCAGUUCAAAGCACCCUUUCUUGGGUUCACAAGGACUGCAGAAAUAUGGAAUUCGAGGGCUUGUAUGAUUGGCCUCAUUGGGACUUUCGUUGUGGAACUGAUCAUAAACAAGGGAAUACUUCAAUUGAUUGGAGUGGAUAUUGGGAAAGGUCUGGAUCUUCCUCUAUGAGCAGUCAGUCGAAAUAAACAGGGCUUCAUAUCGGACUUGGUUUACGUUGCACAAGCACUAGCCUUUAUUAUGUCGAAAUCAUUUGCGCACUAGCCUUUAUUAUGUUGAAAUCAUCAUCAAUUCUGUAUUGUCCUUCCAACAGGCAGGGUGGGACGAGUACCAGUUAAGAAGUGCCUCGAAACCUUGUAAUAGUACAUUUCUUCUCGUUUCUACUGUGUACGAAUCUUUAAAAUCCUUCUUUGAUAAUUUUGAAUCACUGGUCACAACUCCAUCAAA